ACACAUAUUGACUCAUUGGUUCGACAAGCUUGAUAACCAAAAGCAACAUGCAUACGCGUGUAAAAUAUUAAAAACACCGUACGUAUAUACCCAGUGAUCUUUUAUUUCGUGUACCUCCUAUUCAUUACAUAUUUUUCUUUACUACUUAUAACUGCUAAAUUGAAAAUGCACCAUAGAGGAACAAAUCUAUGUUAAAAUGGGUCUAACAAAAUUAGUUGAACUGCGUAAAAUCAGUAUGUUUUUUCGCUGAACAUGCCAAAUAUGAAUGUUAUUUCUUACGAAAUAUUUACUAAUAAAUAUUAACAUGGCGACGUCCAGUGACAAAAUUGAAGAUUGUGAAGUAUGCGGUGCGAACAAAGCAAAGUACACGUGUCCCAAGUGUGAGGUUAGGACUUGUUGUCUUCAGUGUGUCAAUAUUCACAAAAAGGAAUUAGAAUGUGAUGGCAUUCGAGAUAAAACGAAGUUUAUACCAUUAAAAUCAUUUACGGACUUGGAUGUUUUAAGUGAUUACAGACUUCUUGAGGAAGUUGGUAGAACAGUAGAUCAAUUAAAAAGAGAUCCAUCAAAAAAAUAUACACGUCAAAAUAAUUUGCCACUGCAUCUGGCUAAGUUAAGAACAGCUGCAUUUAAAAGAACAAUUAAUUUGCAAUUUAUGCCACAAAAUUUUAGUAGACACCAAAAUAAUACCACAUUUUUAAAUUGGAAAACUAACGACUUAUAUUGGAGGAUAGAAUGGAUCUUCCCACAAGCAGAACAUACAAAAUGGGUAACUGAAAGGGCUCUAGAGACUACAAGGUUAUCAAUACUUAUAGAGGAAAUUUUGAAUCCUAUUAAUUCAUUAAAAGAUAAAAACGAUGUAGAAGAAUUAAAUUUGAAAAUGCGUUUAAAUGAUAGAUUACAGUAUUAUCAAGCAGCUGGUUUAACUGGGAUAAAAGUUCUUUUGAAAGCAGAAAGGAUUAUAAAGUCAGAUUUAAAGUUUUAUGAAUUGGAUGUUACAUGUUCCUUGCAAGAAAAUCUAGAAAAUAAGACUAUAAUAGAAUUUCCAACAAUAUAUAUAAUUUUGAAAGAUCAUUCAUGUACAUAUGAAAUUAUAGAUACUGAUGAUGAACUUACCUGUGAUGCACAAUGUGAAAGUGAUAAUAAUGUACUAAAAAGGAAAAAACGAAAAUAUAACCAAAUCGACAAAAAAGAAAAGAAAGCUUCAUCCGUGAAUUAUUUCUUUAAUUCCGGUACUUCGGAAUCCGAGGACGAAAAAAUGAAUGACAAUCGAAAGACUGAACAGUUAUCGGAUUUUAACAUACCAUAUUACAACGAUUUAAUUAAAGCAGAGCAAUAAAAUGCUGUGCAUUGUAUAGACAAACAAGUUAGAGGUAAAUUGUUAUUUUUAAUUUAAUGAAUGAAUAUACAAAUACAACUUUUUUAUUGUAAAUAUAAUGUACUUCAAUAUAUUAAUACAACUGAAUGAUGUACAAAUGUAACAUUAGUGACAAUGCAGAAUUAAUGUAACAACCUCAUUGGUUCCCUUUCCAAAAAUAUAAAUAUAUAACCAUCUAUACUUCAGAGAAUAAUACAAGCACAAGAAUAAAUAUGACUUACUUCGACUUUAAAUUAUUUAGAAUUUUGUAACAUUUACAAGGUACAUAUAAAAUAAAAGUAAUACAGCUUUAAAUAAGCAGAAGAAAACAAUAACGAUUCUCACAAUUCAUAAAUAAAAUAAUAGUAACGGUUCGAUUAAUAAUAUAAUAUAAUUGUAGCUGUACAUAUUGUCUUUUAAUUUUAUGAAAUUGUUAGCAUGAUUUUUUAUUAACUUGGAUUAAAGAUGAUGGUACAUUAGAGUCAGUAUAUAAACAAUUGUUAUAUUUAUUACGUGACGACAUACGAUAAUGUGUAUUGAACAGCAU